CUUUUUUUUUAAUUUCCCUCUUCCGACCACCGUCAGGCAACCAAAGUUGUUCUUAGGUCGUAAAUAUCAACGCCAUUUUGUUGUCACUGAAAUCUCCACACGUCGAUACGUAUUUUAAUUUACUAAUUUUAAACAGAUAUCGCCUUUAUGUUAUCUAUUUAAUAAAAAUAAUGUUUUUAAUUAAUACUACGUGAGUUAUUUCAUUUUUCUAUGUCUACUUAUCGUCGAUAGUCUCCUGAAAUCUGUGAUAACAGAUGUGCAGUUGAAGACAGUGCUUGGCAUGGUGAAGAAAGAGACUGCAGUCACCAUUCAACAUGUCAAAAGAAAUAGCGGAGGAGUACGCUUCAAGUUUGGCGGACUUGACUAUGAACAGCAAGCCUCUAAUAAAUAUGCUUACUAUACUCGCCGAAGAAAACAUCGAGCAUGCAGGGGUUAUCGUUGAAACAGUUGAGAAGCACUUGGAAAAGGUACAUCCGGAUAUCAAGCUGCCUGUCCUGUACUUAGUAGAUUCCAUUAUCAAGAAUGUCGGACGGGCUUACACACAGAAAUUUUCUCAAAGUAUUGUCAACAUGUUUACGAGGACAUUUAAACAGGUUGAUGAGAGAGUGAGGUCACAGAUGUUCAAGCUCCGUGAGACGUGGCAUGAUGUGUUUCCAGCGACCAAACUCUACCAGUUGGAUGUGAAAGUGAACUUGAUUGACCCAGCGUGGCCAAUUCAGGCUCAGCCUCAGCAGUCGAACAUCCAUGUAAAUCCAAAUUUUCUGAAAAAGCCGAUGCCUACCACCAGUGUCGCCACACCAACAGAUGAAGAAGAGAAAAUGCGCAACAUCCUCGCCAAGAAGGAACAAGAAUUAUUGAUGUUACAGCGGAAGAAGGUCGAAAUGGAGCUGGAGCAAGCUCGGCGGCAGUUGGAGAUGACAGAGAAAAAUACUAAGAUUACAAGUGUGAUAACACCGCCCACUGUGCCGUCGACGAUGCCGGUCGCUAAGGUGAACCCGGUUGUAGCGCCUCCGAUGGCGAAUGUGCCGGAUGUGGCCAACAUCCCGGUUAAGCAACGACUCGGGCCGCCUGUGAAUAAGCUUGGACGCAUAGCGCCAGUGAGUGGUGCACUAGCGGCCGCCCGCAGGGACCCGCGACUGGCGCGACUGCGAACCGCCGCGGCGUCCGCGCCAACCGGGCCCGCCGCGCCUGCUGCCGUGCCUGCUGCGGCGCCUGUGGUGGCUUCUGUGAUGCCGCUCAUGCCUGCAGUGCCUCAAGUGCCGAUUGCGCCUAACGUAUUCGACAUUAAACCUCUUGAACGUGUAACUAAGCGUAAAAACGUGAUCACGAUAGACGUUCGGCCCGACGAGGCGCCGCAACGCCCCCGCGAUCCGCGCCGCCGCGACCCGCGCCUCGAGAACCGCGACGACCGCCCGCGGAAAGACAAAGCGCGGCCCCGCGAUGACCCCCGCCCCAAGAAGGCGGACGACGCCAGCGAGCGGAAACGCGACGAGCGCCGGAACGACGUCGACAAGAAACCCCAGGAAAAGACUGACGCUACCGAGAACGCGAUCGGCGACUACUUUGGGAAGCUGCCUGAUCCCAAAAAAAUCAACAAGCUUCCGCCCAUCCCCAAAAUAAAUAGGGGCGAGGAGGCAGCCAAGGACUCGCCGGUUCCAAAUAAGAAACGGAAAGAGUUGCGCGCAGAGAGAAAACAAAAGCGGGAGGAAGCCGGCGGCAAGAGUGGCUCGAGCGAGUCCUCGCCGGAGAAGAAGUCGCGGAGCAAGGAGGCGCGGAGAAAGAAAGAGCCUCGCGCCGACGACGAGGCGGAGAAACCGCCGGAGCCCGAAACGAUCGCGUUCAAGGAGCUCAAAAAUUACCACAAGGAACGGUACAUGAGAAGGAACAAGGAGAAGUCUGAGAGCCCCGAGAAAUUACCCACCGAGACCGAGCAGGAUAAGACCGGCACUGAAAAUGAUUCAUCAAGUGUUCCUGAAAUUGACGAGACUAAGGAUGUGGACCUUCGGGUGUUGCACUCAGUGGAUGUUAAACCAGCUGCGGUCAGCCAGAAGCGGUCAUCGACCGAGUUGCCCGAUGUGAAAGCUAAAAGAACUAAACACGACAAGUUUGACAUACUGUUCGGUAACGAAGACGUAGACCUCCGUCAGUUGCCCCAAGUAGAAGAAAUAAACGCCCCACCACCCCCGUCAAUUAAUGAUUCACCUAAAUCGGUUAGUAAAAUGGACGAGGAUGUUGUACCCUCGCCUCAAAAUUCACCAAAACAAAAAGACUGGAAUGAAGUCAAAGAAAAUAAUGAAGACAUAAAGAAAACACCUUCCAAGUUGGAUAUUGCGAAAGCUAAGCUGGCGGAAGCUACUAAAGGAAAAGACAGGUUGGGAAGACCAUUGCUCUUCAGUAAAUCACCAAGUGUUGAAAAGGAGAGACGUCGUACUCUCAGUUCCGAAGAUAUAGAUUUGAGAACCGAUAACACAGAGGAUCAUAAAAAAUCAAUAUCCAUUAUCAUGCACCAAGCUAAAGAACAGUUCAGUGAUGGUCAACUGGACAAAAGUCAAUAUAAUGCUUUAAUGUAUCAAGUAUUGCAACUGAACGAGAAACUCAAAUUGAAAGAAGCAAAACAGCGGGAGUCAUUAGAGGUAUCAAAAAGGAAACUCAAGGCGCAUACGAAAGAUGAAAAUACUAAAGUUGCUAGUCCCAAGUCAUCGCCGACUGAUCGAAAUAAAUUUGGAGACAUUGAUGAGAGAAUUACCCCUGUCUUCAUAGAUACUCCACCAGAUAGUCAACAGUUUCUCAGUCAAGAUUCGGAUAUGAGAAUGAAUAUGAACUCCAUGGAUGGAUGCGAUGGUCCCCCGCCUUCUAAUGUACUGCCAAUGCCUCCGGCGAUGCCGAUGUUCCCACCAUUCACGCCCAUGUGGAGAGGGCAGCCCAGACCGAGAGUCGAAGAGUACGGACCGCGAAGGUUUCGGGGUCCAGCACAACAGUUCUUUAGAGGAAAAUUCGACAAGAGAGCGAUGAGACCACCGUUCGACCCGCGGCUACCGUUGCCCUUACCGACACCUACACCUGGCAUGUGCCAGGGAGAGAGCCCUCUCCAGCCGUACGAAAGGACCGUGUCCCCACCUCCUCUCGGCGCGCCAGGAAUUACCAUCCCACCUACAGAUUUUAGAAUUUUAGAGUACAUAGAUCGAGAUCCUGUUAAAACGAUCCAAAUCGAUGGAGUGCCGAGAGAGAUUAGAUUUUAUGGUGAAACAGCUGUCAUCAUGAUGGACUGGGAUGAUCCAAGAGAGAUCAAAUUCUUGCCCGGGUGCAGAAGAGUUACGUUCGAUAAUAAGGAUUCCGUAGUAUUAUCUUUCAAUGAAGGCUACAAACAAGUGGAGAUCGACGAUCAAGUGUUUGACAUUCGUUUUGGGGCGCCGACGAGGGAGCUUUAUAUAAAUGGCAGAUGGUACGAAUGCUUUUUUGGUGGUCAACCUAUCGGCACGAUCAUCGAUGGGAAACCUAGAUUAGUGCAAUUAGAAGGGCCGCCUCCCCAAGUUGAUAUCGGAAAGACUAAACGCACAGAUCUAGUUGCUGGCAAAAUCAAUGUCAUCGUGAACGCCACACAGAGGUGUCCCGUCUACCUCGAUGCUAAAGUACAAAAGUUCCUCAUCAAUGGACAUGUGUUGACGAUACGCUUCGUGGAUUCGUUGAGAACUGUUCUAAUAAACGAGCAACCGUUCAAACUGGAGUUUGGCGAUUUACCUAAACCGAUAUCGAUAGGUAAUGAAAAGUUCUUCAUUAGAUUUUCGGCACUCCCUCGUCACAUAAAGGCUGGUCACAUAGAAAUAGCAAAUAUGGAGGGCACGAGAAUGGAACCGGUCAUGCAGCCGACGGUCGGCUUUAACUACCAAACCGCCAUGGAAACUGAUCAAGUGUUUGUACCGAGACCUGUGAAGACACCGAGCCCUGAAAUGAACAGUGACAUAAGUACAUUUUCAGGUUUGGACAUGUUGGCAAGUGUCAUGCCUUCAACAAUGGCACCUGCGUCUGCUUCAGAGUACAGUUUAGCCGAGCCGAUCUUCUUGAAAUCAGAUAAAAUACCAGGAUUGGAACCAUCGGUCGAAGAGAAACCGGCAAACCCAACACUCCCAAUCCUGGCCAACAUAAACGUGAACGAUUUGUUUGCUAAACUGGUAGCCAGUGGCAUAGUGCAGGUCAACAACGAAUUAAAAACUGAACCCAAGGAAGAGGUGAAAGAAGAGGCCAAACCGAAGCCAAAAGAGGAUAAGAAUGUCAUCCAUAAAGUUGAUUUGCUGAGAAGUGAAACUUUGAAAGUGAAGCAGGAGGCGCUGGUGGCGCGGCUGUACGGCGGCAUGCAGUGCUCGGGCUGCGGCGCACGCUUCCCGCCCGAACACACGGUGCGCUACUCGCAGCAUCUCGACUGGCACUUCCGCCAGAACCGCCGCGACCGCGACUCGGCUCGUCGCGCGCAUUCGCGCCACUGGCACUACGACCUCUGCGACUGGCUGCACUACGAGGAGAUCGAGGACCUCGAGGACAGAGAAAAGAGCUGGUUCGAGACUGGUGGGGCGGAGGGCGAGGCGGCGGGCGAAGGCGCGGCGGAGGCGGCGGCCGAGGCGCCCAGCGUGGCGGCUGGCGCGCCGCAUGACCAGCACUGCGCCGUCUGUGGCGACCGCUUCCAGCAGUUCUACAACGAGGACAAGGAGGAGUGGCAUCUGAGGAACUCAGUGCGCCACGACGACCGCAACUACCACCCGCAGUGCUUCGACGACUACAAGGCAUCGUUAACCAAAGCGGAGCCGCUCCAAGAGUCGAUGGAAGAUGUGACAGAAGUUGAUAAGCUAGAAGAGGCCAUCGAGAUCAAGGACGUGGACGAUGUAAUGUCGCAGUCGGACAACGAGUCUGUUGUAGAGGUCGUCGAACCUGACGACAGGAACACUGAGCCCGUAGAGAUUGUGGAGGAUGAUGAUGAGACGGUGGCUGCGCCCCAGCCGGUGGAGGACGACGGCGACGAGGACGACGUAGUGUUCAAGGCCGAGCCGGUGGAGCAGGUGGACGUGGAGGACGACGCCGACACCGACGACGAGACGGUCGAGCAGCGCCGCCAGCGGGACGCACUCGCCGCCAUCGACAUGGCCAACGUACGCGUCAAGAUUGAACCUAUCGACCCUGACGAUGAGCCAAUAAUAACAGCAGAGGAGACCAUCCCCACCGCAGUCGAUACCACACACGUAACAGUGCUGUCCUCUAUCGACGGGAACGUGCAACUCGAGGCGACUCCCGCGCCAGUCACCUCGCUAGGCAGCAUACGUAUAAAUAUAUCUAAGUCGAUACCCUCCUUUGUGAAUAAUGUACAGGAAAAUAAAAUGCUCGAAGAGAUAAACAUGGAUGAUGAGCCUCUGCCUCCUGGCGAAGAACCAGAGUUGGAGUACAAGCUGAAACCGACGCUGGAAGGUGUACAAUUCAGUAGGCAACCACCUGUGAAUAAAGGCAAUGAACUGUCUGGACUCUGUUCUAUUAUGUGAAUAUGUUGUGAUAAACAAGUUUUAUUAGCAGUGUGAAAUGAAUGAUUCCCUGGUUAUGAAGAGUUUGUGAAACUUUAGGUCAAACUUGUAAUGAGAUUUGAUGUGAGUGAAAAACCCUAAUGGUUGGAUUUCAGUGCUCAUCAAUCUGAUUCAAUCAAAUAUAGACAAAAUUAUGUGGCGUACGGAAAGAAAACCUGGUGCCAGAUUAUGGUAACUGUUUACCAUUAAAUAGACCAUGUGCUUGUUUGCCACUAUUGUGGUAAAAAUAAGCAAUUAUUUUUUAAAUAAUUGUAUUUAUUAUUUUUAAAAUUUGUGUUCAUUAUAGAAAUGAAAUUGAAAAUAUAGCCUAAGAUCUCGCCGCUGACUUUGACAGAUAUAAAUCGUCAACUCUAAACUGAUUUUGAUAAUUCUUUUGCAUUUGAGUUCACUCCUGUGUUGGCCCUAUAUAAUUAUUAAUGAUUUGCUCAACGACUAAAGUAGCCAUUUUUCAUAAUAAAAUCAAAGUUUUAAAAUUAAAAACGUCAAUUUGUUUACAAAAAAAUCUCCAUUGGCGUCAUUUUUAAUAGAAAAAUUAUACUCGUAUUGAAACGGUCAAUUGUGUAAGCAGCUCUAUAGACUAAGUGUGCUAGUAGAGACUAGAGAGGCAAGUUACUGAUUAAAUUGCAUAAUAAAUCCCAAAUUCAUUUACAAUUAUACUUGUCAGCCAAUGAGGGUAAUCAUACGUUUGUUGAUUAAUUCUAUGUCGCUGAAUUGAU